AUGCAAACCAUCAAGUUGCCUGACAAUGCCACUCCUACCAAUAAUGACCAAUUGACGGGACAUGCCGCUGGGGGCACAAGUGGCCGCGCCACUACUCAGAUGCGCGAUAGCCUUGCAGAGUUCUUGGCUGUCCCGAAUACCUGCCCAGUCCGCGACUCUUGCUCCUCGUCGCGGUUCAUCGAAAAGACUGCAGUCAUGUUCGUAGCUAUUCUGGCUCUUGUCCCUCAUACCACCGAUCCAUCCGCGUGCUCACCCUCGCUGGCGGUGCGCUUGUUCCACGCCUCCUUUCGCGAUGUUCAAGACCACUCAGAAUAUCAAGGCUCGGUGCGAAGGAGGACCACUUCGAUCCUGUCCUCGCUGUCUUGCGCUACUGUAGCAGUGGUGGCCGGCAUCUCGAACAUUUCUGACCUGUCCAUGGUGUGGUCUCCUUUAUCUUCUCAGAACGGCUGGCUAAGAGAAAGGUCAGCCUGUGCUUUCCAGCGCCGAGAUCGUAUCUUUGGUCAUAUUGCAGGGCAUUCGGGCUGCGUCGAAUUUGACACCGCAGCAACAAAGGCAUGUCUGUUAGCCAAGAUAGCAGUCAAUCAAAUCAGUCAAGCCCCGGUCUUGAUAACCAUAUUCCCGCAUACUAGUCCGCCUGAUCCCAGGUCAAAAUCCGUCUUCAAGCCUGCUUGCUGUCCCAGCCAUGUCGUCGAAGACGGCAACGAAAACGCAUCCCAUGUCAUGAAUCAUGCUCGUACACGAAUAGGUCUCAGACUGUUUCUGCAGAACUCAUCGAGCAGUCCUUUCUUCACUUUCAGCGGCUAA